UGGAAUGCCAUUACGGUUUUGGGGGACAACCUCCAUCCCUACUUACAACUUUGUCUUUAAUUGGCCUAGCUUUUUAAUCAGCCUUCUGUAUAUAAACUAUGCAGUUGUGUUAAUCCUUGGGUUGCCGAGGUCAUUUUCCUUUUUAAUUUUUGUCUUUAAUUUCACGCUUUCCCAUAAAAAUAGCUUGUUCUUUCAAGUCCCAAGAUUAUCUUAUUCUACCUUCCGUUCUACUGUUCCACUUUACACCUCUCUCUCUCUCUCUCUCUCUCUCCCUUUUUCUUUAGCAUAAUUUGUCUAUCGUUUAGUCAUUCCUCACAAGUGAUUUCUUGUCUCAUUUUUUUACUCAAUUGGAUUCACUUUAUCAACCUUGAUUUUAUACCCCUUUUUUUCCUUUUUUUUUAACCCCUUUCAUCCGAUCCUCACAGUUGUUUUAAUUUGGUGAUUUUGUUGAUCAAUCUACACCUGAUAAAGUUUUCCUCUUCUUUAUCUUUCUUUCUCUCACUCUAUCUCUCCCUAAUAACCUGCCCAUCUACUCCUCCACCCAAAGUCUUCUCUGCUCCGAUCUCCACCUCUCAUCAUGACUGAUCCCUACUCCAGUUACUUCCCUGGAUGGUUCAACCUCAAUUCUCUCCACCACUUCACUUCCUCCAAACCUUCCAAUACAUCAAUUUAUCAAUCUUAUGACUACUGCUCAAACAACAAUAAUAGCACAACCUCUUUCACUUACUUUGAGUCCUCUCCUCCCUCUCCUCCUCUAAAAGAAGCUCUUCCACUCCUCAGUUUAAGCCCCAGAAGAUAUGAAGAAAAAGAUCAAUCUUCCUGUAGCGCCAUGGAAGUGGACAAGAACAAGCUGGACAGAUCAGAAGAAAGCUUAUUCUCUUGCACAUCUGCUGAUGAUGAUGACACUGUGACAUUGGCUCUUAAUUUAGGGCUGCCAAGCCCUAGUACUUCUUCUGAUUUGAUUUCCAAACUCUCUUCCACAGAGAUCUCGGAUAAAGAUGAUGUAGUCACAGUUGCUUCUGGGUAUCCUUCAAACGGGCUCAACAAGGGACAGUACUGGAUCCCCACCCCUGCUCAGAUUCUGAUUGGUCCAACACAGUUCUCAUGCCCCCUUUGCUUCAAGACCUUCAACAGAUACAACAACAUGCAGAUGCAUAUGUGGGGGCAUGGAUCUCAAUACAGAAAGGGCCCCGAGUCUCUAAGGGGCACACAACCAACGGCCAUGCUCAGGCUUCCAUGCUAUUGUUGUGCACCAGGGUGCAGGAAUAACAUUGAUCACCCAAGAUCAAAACCACUAAAAGACUUCAGGACCCUCCAAACCCAUUACAAGAGAAAGCAUGGGAUCAAGCCUUUCAUGUGUAGAAAAUGCGGCAAGGCCUUUGCUGUGAGAGGUGAUUGGCGAACACAUGAGAAGAAUUGUGGGAAGCUUUGGUAUUGCACUUGUGGAUCUGAUUUCAAACACAAAAGGUCACUCAAAGAUCAUAUCAAGGCAUUUGGACAUGGCCAUGCUGCUUAUGGAAUUGAUCAUUUCGAAGAGCUGGAAGAUGAAGUAGCUUCUGAAAUUGAGCAAGAUAAUGAAUCCUCCCAGUGAGACAGAUGGGAUCGAAGGCUGGAUCUCAAGCUAUAUAGAUUUCCAAAAGAUUUAACCUUUUGAGCUGUUGAUUAACACCACUUAAUUGGCUUACAUGUAGAGCCGUCUUGAUCUUCCUUUAUUCCAUCAUCUCUUAUCAUAGUCCUUUUCUAUUUAACUUAUUUUCAUUCCUAGAACUUGCUUGGCAUUAUUGUAGACUCCUUAUAUAUAGACAAGAUGUUAGGCCGAGUUCCAUUAACCA